AAUAAAAAGAACACGGGUCGAACGUAAAUUCGCCUUGGUGAGUAAUUGGAUACCGUGUGUUAUAUAUAUGGAAAACUGCGACAUCUUCGUAACAAUAUAUGUUUUGUGUGUUAAAGUAUCUUAACGUGGCUAGGUGGACUAUUAUCUUAUCAUUGAAUUCAAUCUUUGACGUCUAGGCUGAUGGGUUUCUUCUGCUUCCGCCUCCGCCUGUAAAAAAAUAAAAAAAAAUAAAAAUAAAACACUCAUGUUUACUAUUUACCGCCACCCUCUGGGCAGGAGGCGCAGCUCUCGACAUGCUGUUGCUAGGAUACAGGGCACUACAGUGUAUCUCAAGAUCAAGAUAUAUUGUAGCAAGUAGUCGGGUCAGUUCACUUUGUGAAACGCGUAAUUAACACAUGAAAAGUUGUUUUCGAUAAAUGGAUCUCACAAGCAAACAAGAUGACUGCAGCAUGCUAUAAAUUUGAUGGUGGCCAGACUCAGAGCAAUCCUACCAAAUGUUUCCCACCCUGGACAUUACCCCGUCGAAGGAAGGAAGGUGCUGGUCAUUGGCUUGUGUCUUACAGAAAGGCAGAGGAGCAGAGAUGCAGGGAUGUUCAUAGAAGAAUUAAAGAAUUUGAGAACAGGGGGGCUGAUUUUACAUAUGGUAACACAUUAGAUGGACUCUACUUGCUCCAAUUACAUUGUGUUGACAAGCCGUCUGAGCUCUGCUCUGUUGACAUCAGUGAGCAGAAACUGAAUGCUGUCAAGGCAGAAGACCUCAAGGUGUUUGACAAUGUUGCUUACAUCAAUGCAUCUAUUAACUCCCUCUCUUUAGGUUCUUUCAGCAGUUUUGUGUCUUUAAGAGAACUCAAUCUGGCAUUAAACGGGCUAUGCAACAUGAAAUUUGAUGCUGCAGACUUCCCUCAUCUCGAGGUUUUGGAUUUGUCCUACAACAGUUUGUCAGCUGAUGAUAUUGUUUCUAUUGGUCGGCUUUCACGUCUAAACGUCCUUCAUCUGACUGGAAAUCAGCUUCAUCAUCUUCCUCCUAAUCUGGGUUCCUCCAGCCAUGACCCAACUCAGCCGGCUAAAGAAGAAGACACACAGUUUAAAGCACUUGAAGUCCUGAUGCUUGACGAUAACAAACUGUCAUCUGGAGUCUUCAACAGUCUUGCAAACCUUAAGAGGCUAAAGUAUUUAAACCUGCAGGAGAACCACAUUUCUGAUAUACCAUAUUUGCAACUUCCGGGCUGUUCCCAACCUUUGCAGACUCCUAUUGAAGUGCAAGCUGAAGAAGAGGAACUUGCCCACACUGAGACAAAUCUGAAUACCAUUGAACAUUUCAAGAGCAUCUCACAGAUCUCUCACAAGGAAAAUUAUGAGGAGCACUGCAAAAGAUCCAGUUUCCCACUACCAGAGCUUCAGUUCCUCAAUUUAGCCAACAACAAGAUUGCAGAGGAGGAAGCACUGAUGGCCGUCGCUCUUUUCCCGAUGCUUCGAGAAAUUGACAUUCACUCCAACCCUCUGACCACACAGAGAAGUGGAGACCCUCCCUUACUGACCUAUUACCUCCAUGAGAGACUGGGGAUUACGAUUAAGCGUAAGAAGACACAGGAGGCGGUGAAGCUCCCACUGAAGGUGUCCACUGAUCCAAAAUGGAAGGUGGAAGAAAGAAUCCCAAAGAUGCCAAUGUUGAUGGAUGCACCCUGUCCUGCUCAAACUCAGGUAGAGAAAAGUAAGAUGACUGUCAAGAGAACACCAGAAUCUGAGGGCAAGAAUAGCCGAGACGACACCCUCCAAGAAAACACAGAGCACUUCUUUGUAACUCAGGCAACAGAUGUUCCUCAAUGUGAGUUUGAUCUUCAAGCUGAUGAUAAAGAAAUUGCAGAGAACAAGCACGAUGCCAAUUCUGAAAGAUUCACAUGCUACAAAAUGUUGAUGGAUGCAAAACCAGAUCCUGAUGAUGUGGUGGAGCCCAUCAGAAUUCAAACAGCUGUUCGGAUGCUGGAACACACACUGAAGAAUCUUAACGUUUACAGAGACUCAAAACCAAAACUUGAUAGCAUUCAGACGCCAUACAGAGAAAGAGAGAAAAGGAUUAAAGAACUUCCACCUUUGAAGCCAAUAAAGAAGCCAACUGCAAGGGUUGAUGAAAUGAUCAAGGAAAUUAAAGAGCAUACAACGAUCAGAGAAGUCCCCUUAAGCAGUGCCAUACAAGGCACAGGUGUUAGCAAGCAAGAGCAUAAAGAAGCUCUGUCGCUGCUGAGGGACAUGAAGACAAAGCACAAGAUGGUCCAUAAGAAAACAAUGGAACAAGCAGCCAGCAUUGAGUCUGACAGAAACACCAACCAAAACACAGCUGCACCUCCACCUGUGCAGAUGAUCUAAUUUAUAUGCAAGCGCUUAGCUAAACUGUGAUUUUCUACCUACACCUUGUUGAUGUUGGCAUACAAAUGGUGUGAGUGGAAUUGAUGAGAAAACCAACCAUGUCAAAAAUAAAAGUGGUGGUUGCAUGUC